GUAGGUAUUAUACGUGAACAGCAGGAAGAUGCGCCCGCGAGCCCACUACUGGGCGUGCUGGGGCCGGGGGCCAGCUCGGCUGCCGUGCAAGUCCAGAACCUGCUGCAGCUCUUCUCUAUUCCGCAGGUGUCGUACUCGGCGACCUCCCGCGAGCUGUCGGACCGCGCCCGCUUCGGUACGUUCUUCCGCGUGGUACCCUCCGACCGGCACCAGGCCCGGCUGCUCGUGGCGUUGCUCCGCGCCCACAACUGGACCUACGUGCACGCGCUGCACACGGACGAGAGCUACGGACAGAGCGGCAUGGCGGCGUUCCGAGAGGAAGCGGCGCGGGGCGGCGUGUGCGUGGCGCGGGAGGAGGCCCUGCGAGCCGCCCCGAGUCCGCGGGAGGUGGAGGCGGCGCUGCGUCGGCUCAACGGUGGUCCUCGCGUCGCCGUCUGCUGGUGUGAGGGCCGCACGGCGCGCGCUCUGUUGGACAGCAUGGCGCGAGAACCUUAUCUGCGAUUGAAUCUGAUCGCCAGCGACGGUUGGGCGGAUCGACGCGACGUGGUGGACGGCCUGGAGCCCCAUGCUCGAGGCGCCCUGACGCUCCGGAUCCGGUCCCCGUACUUACACGACUUCGACGACUAUUACCGAACGCUCUCACCUCAUACCAACACGAGGAAUCCUUGGUUCCGGGAGUUUUGGGAACAAAAAUUCAAGUGCUCCUUCAAAGAAAGCAGCGGGCAAGGUGUACGGCUUUGUUCUGGUUCCGAGUCACUGAUGCAGAACUACACGCAGGAGCCAAAGCUGGCUCUGGUGGUACGCGGAGUGUACGCUUUGGCACACGCUCUGCACGACAUGCGCCAGGCGAAGUGCGGGGCCCGGCGCGGCCUCUGCGCUGCUCUGCUGCCGUUCAACGUGUCGCAGUACCAACGACACCUGCAGCGGGUGCGGUUCCGGGCUCCCGACGGAGCGCUCGUCGCAUUCGAUGACCACGGCGACCCGCUACCCGAGUUGAGUGAGUACGACGUGAUGAGGUUCGAGAGCGACCAGCGCGGCGAGUGGCGCUACGUGCGGGUGGGACGCUGGCGUCGCGGCGCUCUGCAUCUCCGCGGCGGAACACGAGCCGCCUAUAGACGAGGGCAAGGAGUGCGCGGAGUCUGCUCAGAGCCGUGCGGUGUGGGAGAGUGGGCCCGGGCGGGAGAGGGCAGGGCGCGGUGCUGUUGGACGUGCGUGCCCUGUCCGCCGCUCGCCAUUACCGUGCCGCCCCCCGCACCGGGCUGCAAGCCGUGCCUUCCCGGACACCGACCUGACCUGACGCGGACUCGCUGCAUACCUUCGCCCGUAGAGUGGAGCGGCGGCGGACGACCUCGAGCUAUAGCCACUUUGACCGGUGCUAUCGGUUUGAUCACGGUCUGCUUCUUCUCUGUCGUGUUAUGGCACUACCGUAAAACUCCCGUUGUGAAAUCUGCUUCACGAGAGCUGUGCGCGCUCCUGCUCUGCUCUGCGGCCUCGUGUCACGGCGCGGCGCUGGCCGGUGCCAUCCGCCCAGCAGGGCUGUCAUGCGCGGCGGUUCGACUGGCAGCUCCGGCGCUGGGCGGCGUAUAUGCUGCGGUGGUGGCUCGCACCAUGCGCGUCGCACGUCUGGUAGCAGCGGUCGAAAAACGCCCUGCAGCUCGACCCCGAUUGCUCUCGUCCCGCGCUCAGGUGUGGACGUGGUUGGCCCUAAGCACGCCGGGCUGGGCGAUGGCGGCGUGGAGCGCCACCAGUUGGCCUCCCGUGGCGCGGCUGUUGCACCCGGGCCGGGCGCGCUCCGUGCUGGCUUGCGCAGGAGAGACCGCGACGGCCCAGCUGGUCCCUUUGGCACCGGCUCUAGUAUUGCUCGGUGCGUGCGUGUUGCUGGCAGUGCGCACGCGCCGCCUGCCGCAUAACUUAAACGAGACUAAGUUCGUGGGGGCGGCUGCGUACGCGACCUGCGUGACGUGGCUGGCGUUUUUCCCGCUGUACGCAGUGACGGAGGCGCGCACGGCUUGCCUGUGUGCGUGCGUGUCGCUGUCGGCAGGGGCGUGCGUUCUGUUGUCCCUGGGCCCGAGGGUCUGGGUGUGCUUAUGCCGUCCCGAACGCAACACACGCACUCACUUUCUGACCGCCACUUCGAUCCGUUGUCACCUCGGCAAGUACCGCUCUGGGAGAGCCGCCCGCCCGUCGGCGACCGUCGGCGAGAGUCGGGAGGCGUCCAGUCAGACGACGGAGUGCGGGGAGUGCGGAGAGUGCGGGGCAGCGGGGCGGUGUGCGCGUGUCACACGCUGGGAAGGUCCGGAGUCUGCACACGUGCUCAUCGUGCUGUACCCUCACCGACACGUGGCGCCCCUCUCGUUGGCACACUACGCGCACGACUCUCCUCUCGCCGAUCGUAAUCUCUAAGAACCGGGACGCUGUACUGACUAAAGACA